AUGUCAGCAUGUGUGGCGCUCGUGACGGGAGGCAGUCGUGGCAUUGGAUUUGCCGUAGCUCAACAGCUUUACCGUCGUGGUUGGCAAGUGGCUUUAACUUCUCGCGACUUGAAACGAGCUCAGGAAGCAUCCCAGCAGAUCUCGGAUAAUGUCUUACCUGUAGCAUACAAUUGUCCGAGACGAGGUGAAGGAGACGCUAGCUAUGAAGCUGCGCAGGUUGUAUCUCAAGUAUCCAAGGAAUUUGGAACUACUCCGUCUGUUCUUGUCAAUGCUGCAGGAAUCUCCAAGGACAGUUUACUCGUAAGACUCAAGGAUGUUGAUUUGGAAGAAUUGCUACUCACGAAUCUUGCAGGACCUGUGCACAUGUGCAAAGCGGUGGCAAAAGGAAUGAUGCAGAAGCGUCAGGGUAGCAUCAUUACGAUUGGGAGUGUAGUAGGAACGGCAGGAAAUGUGGGCCAAGUGGCGUAUAGUGCAUCAAAGGCAGGGCUUGUGGGUGUCACAAAGACGUUGGCCAAGGAAUUUGGCAAUCGCAACAUUCGCGUGAAUCUCGUAGAACCGGGAUUUGUCUCUACAGUCAUGACGAGUGCAAUGUCGGAGACUGCGCGGAAUCGCAUCCUGAGCAGCAUUCCAUUGGCUCGAUACGGAAAACCGGAUGAGGUUGCACAACUUGUGGCGUUCUUGGCAAGUGAUGAAGCAGCCUACAUCACAGGACAAUGCAUUCGUAUCGACGGCGGACUGCUGAUUUGA